AUGUCGACGGAAGUCGCGAAUGGCCACCCCAUUAUCAGCACGGGGAUGGACGUCUCGCGUUUCAUUGUUUCCGACCGUGACGACUCCGAUCCUGCAAUCACUUUUCGAGCCCUGGUUCUGGGUACAGCCUUCACCGCUUUCGCCUGCGUGAUCAACAUGCUUUACAUGUUCAAGCCUAUCGAAGGCGGGCUAGAGGUGUCCAACGUUUUUCUCCUCCUUGUCAUCUAUUUCUUCGGUAUCGCCUGGGCGCGCUGUACGCCUGAACCUGCUCGCUUCAAGAACCCCAAAGUGCAGGCAAUUUUGCGAUUUGUCAAUUCUGGCCAGCCAUUUGGCAUAAAAGAGCACGUCAUCGCAACCCUGACUGCUUCCUCCUCUUACAACGGCAAGUCGGCAAUCGAGAUAUACGCCAUCGAGAGGCUAUACUACAACCACACCGUCAGCGCCACGACAGCAGUUCUUGGCACCUUUUCAAUUGCCACCAUCGGUUUCUGCCUCGCUGGUCUGCUCCGUCCAAUCACAGUCUACCCCUCGGCGAUGGUAUACUGGCAGAAUCUGCCUCUGGUCGUCCUCUACCAGCGUUUACAUUUCGAUGAUGUCGCCGACCGUGUACAGAGGCUCGUGACUUUCGCAAAGGUCUUUACCGGCAUGCUCCUCUUCGAGACGAUCCCAGCCUACAUUAUGCCGUGGUGGAAUGGCGUGUCGAUCGUUUGUCUCGCGACGCAGGGCGCCGAAGAACCGUCGAGAAAGGUCAUCGCAACCAUCUUCGGCGGCGCGAGCUCAAAUGAAGGUAUCGGUCUUCUCAACUUGUCAUUCGACUGGCAGUAUAUUCAAUCGCGUACUAUGUCACUUCCACUCAAGCAGCAGGCAAACUCUUGGAUUGGUCUCGUGGUGUGGGCUAUCGCAAUGCCCUGCCUGUACUACGCCAACGUUUGGGGAGCGCGCGACCUGCCUUUCAUGUCGACAUCGCUCUUCGGAGCUGACGGCAAGAAGUUUUCGGCGGUCAAAGUAUUUGGCACGGGCGUACCCAUCCUAGACGUGAACAAGCUUAAAGAAACCGGUCUGCCCAGGAUCACAGCCACGACUGCCUGGGGCUUCUUCACGGCAAAUAUGGCCAUCGGCGCUCUCAUCAUGCAUGUCGCCAUCUUCUACAGCCACGACAUGUACCGUGUCGUCCAGCACGUCAGAGCCGGGACGCUUCGAGACCCACACUAUGAGGCCAUGCAGAAGUACAAGGAAGUACCUCGGUGGUGGUACCUCUUCCUGUUCUUCCUCGGAAUCUUGGCUGGCAUCAUCGUUGUGACGAAGGACGACACCACGACCCUACCAGUCUGGGGCUUUCUAGUUGCCUUGCUGCUCGGCUGCAUUAUUGCGCCCAUCAGCUGCACGCUGUAUGCCCUCUUCGGAACCGGUGUUGCCACGAACCAACUAAGCAAGUUGCUCGGAGGUGCUUUACAUCCUGGCCGCCCACUAGCAAAUCUCUAUUUUGCUGCAUGGUCGCAUCAAGUUAUUGCUCUCUGUGUCGACCUGUCUCAGUACCUGAAGGUAGGACAGUACAUCAAGAUCAGCCACCGGGCCAUGUUUGCCACACAGCUGUACGGCACGCUGUUGGGCGCUUGCAUAAAUUACUUUGUCAUGACGUCCAUCGUCACCAACCAGCGCGAAAUACUCCUCGACCCCAUCGGUGAUCACGUCUGGUCGGGUGCACAAGUUUCCAGCCUCAAUUCGGCUGCCGUCACUUGGGCCUUGGCAAAGCAAGUCUAUGGCUUCUCGGGACGCUACUAUCUCGUACCGCUUGGCAUCAUCAUCGGAAUGAUUCUGCCCGUUAUUCACUGGCUUCUCCUCAAGCCGUUUCCCCACUUAGCCAAGUAUCCCAUUGCAACACCUAUAAUUGCAGCAUACAUGGGCCAAUACUACUAUGGCAAUACCUCCUUCAUCCAGAGCUCCAUCAUAAUCGGCGUCAUCACUCAGGUAUGGCUCCGUCGCCGCCGCCCGAGCUGGUACAACAAGUACAACUACCUCGUCGGAGCUGCAAUGGACGGUGGUUCCCAGACACUCAUCUUCAUCCUCUCGUUUGCCGUCUUUGGUGCGAGCGGCAGGAAGCACAGUUUUCCAACGUGGUGGGGCAACCCUGCGGGCAAUCCGGAUCACUGUCUAUAG